AUGAGGACCAAGCAGGCUCCUAUUUGGUUGAAGGAUCUUGUGACAAGUCCAAGUCACAAAUCUGUUCCUUAUUCCAUGACCAACUACAUCUCCUAUGAUGGUGUUUCCCCCAAGUAUCAAUGCUAUCUAGCUGCAUUUUCUUCAAUAGUAGAACCUACUACAUUUGAAAAAGCAGUCAAGGAUCCCAGGUGGGUUGAUGCAAUGCAAGCUGAAAUUACUGCUUUAGAAUCUAACCAUACUUGGGAUGUGGUGCCUUUGCCUGAUGACAAAGUAUCCAUUGUCUGUAAAUGGAUGUACAAAGUGAAUUACAAAGCCACAGGGGAGGUGGAGAGGUUCAAAGCUAGGCUUGUGGCUAAGGGUUAUAUCCAACAGAAGGGCAUUGGCUACCAGGAAACUUUCAGUCCUGUAGUCAAAAUGGUUACUGUUAGGACAAUUCUAGCUGUUGCUGCUUCUGAACAUUGGCAUAUCCAUCAAAUGGAUGUGUAA